AUCACCCCCCCCCCCCUCUCUCUCUCUCUCUCUCUCUCUCCCUCCCUCUCUGUAUCUAUCGAUAUAGCAAUCUAUUAUCUUCCUCUAGUUUUCGUAUCUGAUGAUUCACCGGAAACCUAAUUAGUACGGCGACUUUGUAUACAGGGUGGUUUGAUCGUGUACUAGGGUUUACUUGGAAGUUUGAGUUCGAAACCCUACGGUUGUUAUGAAGGAGCGGGUGACUGUACGAUCGAGGUUGUGUUGAUAAACGGUCAGGAUUUCGUCUCCGGAUGGAGGGAGGUAGCGUCUCUAGACUUUCUUCUUCUGGGUACACCGAUGGAUUAUGAUGACAAUGAUUUUCAAGGCCAUAAUCUUCAGUUAGCUGGUGAAGGGAGCUCCAAAUUUUCUCCUGUUCUGCGUCCAUAUGCUCUUCCUAAGUUUGAUUUUGAUGAUGGCCUUCAGGGGCACCUAAGGUUUGAUAGCUUGGUUGAAAACGAAGUUUUUCUCGGCAUACCAAGUCAAGAAGACAAUCAGUGGAUUGAGGAUUUCUCUCGGGGAAGUAGUGGAAUAGAGUUUAGUUCAAGUGCUACAGAAUCUUGCUCCAUUUCCAGGCAUAACAAUGUUUGGUCCGAGGCGACAUCUUCCGAAUCUGUUGAAAUGCUAUUAAAAUCUGUUGGGCAGGAGGAGAUGGUCCCUGAAGAAACUAUCUUUGAGGAAUCAGAUGCUUGUGAUGAAUUGGGUGGCUUAACUGAGCGAAUGGAGCCUCAUUUGACGCAAGAUGACAAAGUGAAAGAUGUUCUGGAUUCAGAACCUGCAUUACCAUCGGAUGAGUUUCUGGAACAUAUUUCUAGCUUGAAUGAUGUUGAAGGUACUUCACAAACUCAAGAGGUUGAAAUGUCUACUCAUGGAAGUUCACGUGGGUUAGAUCCAAUUGCUUCUAGUGAACAGUGUGAAAUAAUUGUGACUGAGAAUACUCCAGUAGUCCAUGGAAUAUGUGAUGAUGCGCAUCAAGCUGAAGUUGAUACUUCAGUAAAUGAAUCUCUUGAUAAUAAAAUGCAAAAAGAUCCUUCUGAUUCAGGGAUGCAAAUUGAUGAUAUAGGCUCCUCUUCACAGGAAAUUGCUGCAAGUGUUCAGGUUUUGAACACUCCAGAACCUGAGCAUCAGGUAAGUGAUGUUAGUUUUGAGAAAGCAAAUUGUUUAUUCAAAGACACUGUUAAGGCAGUGGAUGAAUACCAUGUUCUUAGUAAGGAAAACGAUGUGGAUGAUCAAAUUUUGGAGGGAAUUGCAUUUGAAACUGGCACUCACAAGUUGGAGAACCAACCUUCUUCUUCAAAGGAAGGAUCUAUAGAACGCCAUGCAGUUGAAACUGGUAUCAGUAGUUUUGAGAAAGCAAAUUGUUUAUUCAAAGACACUGUUAAGGCAGUGGAUGAAUACCAUGUUCUUAGUAAGGAAAAUGAUGUGGAUGAUCAAAUUUUGGUGGGAAUUGCAUUUGAAACUGGCACUCACAAGUUGGAGAACCAACCUUCUUCGAAGGAAGGAUCUAUAGAACACCAUGCAGUUGAAACUGGUAUCAGUAGUUUUGGGGAACCUUCCAGUUUGCCACUGAAGGGUGAUGGCGACCUACAGAUAGCUGAAGAAUGCAGUGAGGACCCGUGUUCUACAGGCCCUGCCAGCAAAUGCGAUCCUUUGGAUUUGUCCAAUGGCACAGAGAUUAAUCGGCAGUUUCGGGAAAAUAUGCAUGAGGACUUACCUGAAGUCUUUGAAGGUGAUAGUAAUCUCGAAGGGCAUACCAUUGAGGUAAGCAACAUGAAAGCUGGCAUUUGUGCCGGUUCAGAGCUGAAGAGUGAUCGGGCAACACAUGGAGAGAAUAGUUUUGUUGAGAGAAAAGUCUGUUUUCAGGGAAGUGAUCACCAAUUAGAUAGUGAGGCUUCGGUCAGUAAUUCUGAGGCAUCUUUGUUGUCUGGGGUAGACAAUACUGUAGCAUGCUCUUCAACUGAAUUGCUUGGAGAAAAACACGCAGUUGAUAAUUUGAAAGGUGUGGAUGAUGCUUCUGGAGUCCAUAAAGGGGACUCGAAUGCUGAAGAUCAUGCCUCAUCUCCCAUGGUAGCUGGAUCAAUGCAAACAUGUGAAAAAAAUCUUGCCACAAACCCAAAUGAUGUGCAGUAUAGCCAAGAUAUUUUUCUCAAUGAGAAAGUGAAUGCCAAGUUGCAUAACAAUUCUAGUAAUAUGGUUUGUGAGAUUGUUGAAUCUCUCAGCAGUGAUAAGAUGGUUGAACCCUCAUCACAAGGAGAAAUUGUGAAAGUAAACACUGAGGUAGUUCAUGGAUCAGAGUAUGUUACUAGUACUGCCGGGAGUGAACCAGCUUUAAAUGCUACUUUUGAAAAGACAAAUUUGGCAUCACAUGACACGGUGGGUGGUGUUCCCUUGCUUUCGGAGACUGUUGCUAUUGUAGAUCAAGUUAUUGAUCACCUGGAUAAAAACAAAAAGACUGAAGAUGAUGGUCUAACAGAAGCAACUUUAUUGUCCUUGAAGGAGAGUUCAGAAGGGGUAAUUGAGCUUGGUCCUGUUUUGGAACUUGAAAAAGGUGCAUCUGAUAGUUCUGCUUGGAAAUUGGCACAUGUUGAUCCAUCAUUGCCAACUGUGGAGACUUGCAAUUCAGCACGCCAGAGUGAACAAUCAGUCGAAUCGCUUCACACGAGCAUUGGUCAGUCAAUGACAAUGGUGGAGACUUCUAAUAUAGCAAGUGGGAGUGAACAGGCAGUGAAGGCCAAUGAAAGUAGUGACAACUCUUCUAAUAAGUUGGAAGUUGGCCCUAUCCUUCGUGAUUCAGCAAUAAAAGAGGUUGGUGGUCCUGAAGGACUUGUUCCUGGGAACCACGAGGAAGCAGCUGUGAAGAGAAAUUGUGAAGUGACAUCCUCAGAAGUUGCAGGUCUGCGCUUGAUUGAUGCUUUGAUUUUUCCCCCCUCAGAUGCAGUACUAGUUGCAAAGAAGAGUGAGGUGCUCAGAAAACCUACAUUCAAAACCUUGUCAGAAGUGCCCAACAAUAUGGGCCAAAAUGAUCAUGAGGGUAAUGAAGCUGUCAUGGUAUCUCAAGUUAUUACUAGUGUGAAAACUGCUCCUAGCAGUGAAGGUGGAGGCGGUUCUACAGAUUCUGUUAAACCUAAUUGUGCUACACCAACUGUCAUUAGUUGCACAGUGCUUUCUCAAACUGAAAAGGACAAGAAAGAGGGAGUCAAGGGGUCCAUGGGCAAGAUCAUUCCACUCUUUGAGGUCACUGUUCCGUCAAUUUCCCAAAAUGUAAGCGAGAAUGAUGCUGGCAAAGAUGAGAGGAGCUUCAGCUUUGAGGUCCAUCCAUCAGCAGGUCAAUCUGAAAGAGAGACCAGCAAGGAUGGGCAAUCAACUACAACCAUCCAAGCAUGCAAAAUACCCACAACUCUGAAGGGAUCUCCUUCAACACCUAGCAUAGGUCAAACAGAUUCUACGAUGGUAUUGGAGCUUUCUCGUGGAAGUUCUCAACCACCUGAUGGGAAGUUUGCACGUGGAGGUUCCAAAGGUACCCCUGAGCGUAAAACAAGGCGAGCAUCUGGUAGGGCAACAGGGAAAGAAAAUGCUAAAAAAGGAAAGGAAACAACUGCUGUGAGGCUGUCUGAAAGAGGAGAUAAGUCAGGCAGUUUGUCUGGAAGCCCCGCUAGGACUGGUCAGGUUGUGCAGUUUGAAGGGUUGAAGCCUUAUGGGAAUGUUGGUGUUGUUUCUAUUCCCACGUGCAAUUUGCCAGAUUUGAACUCUUCAGCUUUGCCAUCGCCAUUGUUUCAACAGCCUUUCACAGAUGUACAGCAAGUGCAAUUGCGAGCACAGAUCUUUGUUUAUGGAUCUCUGAUACAAGGAGCAGCACCUGAUGAGCCAUGUAUGGUUUCAGCCUUUGGAGCAUCUGAUGGCGGGAGGAGUGUUUGGGAGCCUGUUUGGCGCUUUUGUGUGGAAAGACAGAAAUCCCAUCCCAACAAAUCCGAAACCCCUGUGCAACCACAUUCAGGUGCUAAGACUCCUGAUCAAUCAAUUAAACGAGGUGCACAUCAAAGUAAAGUGGUUCCUUCACCACUUGGUCAAGCAAGUAGCAGGGGUACCCCUUCACCAGUUAAUUCUAUGAUGCCUCUUUCUUCACCGCUUUGGAAUAUAUCAACUACCUCUGAUGGUUUGCAGUCCAGUGGCAUGCCAAGAACUGGUCUUCUUGAUUACCGUCAAACACUUCCUUCCUUGCUUCCAUUUCAAACUCCACCUGCACGUAGUUUUGUUGGACAUAACGCUUCUUGGCUAUCUCAGGCACCUUUUCCUGGUCCCUGGGUUGCUUCUCCACAGACUUCUGCCUUUGAUGCCAGUGCUCAGUUCUCUGUUUUGCCUAUGGCAGAUACAGUGAAAUUAGCCCCUGUUAAAGAAUUAUCUGCUCCUUUUUCCUCUGGAACAAAGCAUGCAUCUCCUAGUACCAUGGUUCAUAGCUUGGGUCCGAAUGUUCUUUCAGGGACUUCUUCAUUGCCUGACAUGAAAAAGAUGAACGCAUUGCCUGGUCAGAAUUCCACUACUCUUAAGGCCAGAAAAAGGAAAAAGGUUACUAUUUCUGAGGAUCUUGGCCAGAUCUCUUUUCCAACUCAAACUUGGACAGAGUCAGUAUGUGCUCCUGUUGUUACUAGUCAUUUGUCUACAUCAGUCAUCGUCUCAACGCCAGAUUGCUUUGUAUCUAAAGGAAAUGCUAGUAAGAUUGUCACAGCUGUAUCUCCUACAUCUUCCACUGAUCACCCAAAAAGAGAACAUAAUGCAGAGCAGAAGGUUAUAGUAUCAGAGGAGACUUUUAGUCAAGUUGAGGAGGCUAAACAGCAGGCGGAGGCUGCAGCUGCUCUCGCUGCUGCUGCAGUUAGUCAUAGUCAAAGAGUGUGGAAUCAGUUGGAUAAGCCGAAGAAUUCUGGAUUGAUUCCAGAUAUUGAAGCUAAGUUAGCUUCUGCGGCUGUUGCAGUAGCAGCAGCUGCUUCUGUUGCAAAGGCAGCAGCUGCAGCUGCUAAGCUGGCAUCAAAUGCUGCACUGCAAGCAAAAUUGAUGGCAGAUGAAGCAUUGACCUCUAGUGAAACAAACAAUCCUGCUCAGAGUAAUGCAGCUUCUCUUUCUGACAUGAACAAUUUGGGAAAGGCUACUCCUGCUUCCAUUUUGAGAGGAGGGGAUGGGAGCAACUUUUCUAGUUCCAUUAUAGUUGCUGCUAGAGAAGCUGCUAAGAGGAGGGUUGAAGCUGCUUCAGCUGCCUCAAAACAUGCUGAAAACUUGGAUGCCAUAGUAAAAGCUGCAGAGCUGGCGGCAGAAGCCGUUUCACAAGCAGGAAAAAUUGUUGCUAUGGGUGAUUCUUUGCCUUUGAAUGAGUUAGUAGAAGCUGGUCCGGAGGGCUACUGGAGAGUUCCACAAGUGCAUUCUGAGCAGGGUGUUACAUUGAAUAACGAUAAUAGAGAACGUUCUAAAGCAGAUAGCAUUGGAGAAGGUCUUAAUGUUUUUGGUAGACGUGCCAAGGAUGGACGAUUAGAGGAGGCAAAGACUACAAGCCAUGGUUUGCCACCUCUUUCAAGAGAGGUUUGCAGGGAGGAUCAUACAAGGGCAGUGAAUGGCAUCUCAAGUUCCUUUACAACCAGUGAAAAAGAUUCAAGAGGGCAAAGGAGUCGUAGAGCUUCUGACUUGGCCAAAACCAUAGGGGUUGUUCCUGAAUCUGAGAUUGGAUCUAGAUCUGCUUCUAUCACAGCUCAGGAUAAGUAUGAGAAGGGAGUAGGGACUUCAAAGGAGAACAGCAUCAAGGAAGGUUGCUUGGUUGAGGUUUGUAAAGAUAGUGAUCAGUUUAAAACAACCUGGUUCUCGGCCAAUGUUUUGAGUUUGAAGGAUGGAAAAGCUUUUGUUUGUUACACUCAACUCCAAUCAGAUGAAGGUUCAGGGCAGCUAAAGGAAUGGGUAGCACUUGAAGGUGAAGCCAGCAAUGCACCCAGAAUACGCAUUGCCCAUCCUAUGACCACCAUGCGUUUUGAAGGAACUAGGAAGAGACGCAGAGCGGCCGUGGGUGAUUAUGUGUGGUCUGUUGGAGAUAGAGUUGAUGUAUGGAUACAAGAUUGCUGGCGAGAGGGAGUUGUCACAGAAAAGAACAAUAAGGAUGAUACUACAUUAACCGUCCGUUUUCCAGCUGAAGGGCAAACAUCAGUUGUUAAAGUGUGGCAUCUACGGCCAACACUAGUUUGGAAGGACGGAGAGUGGAUUGAAUGGUCCAGUUCAAGAGAAAAGGACCCUUCUUCUCAGGGUGAUACACCACAGGAAAAGCGAUUGAAGUUGGGCAUUCCUGCAAUAGAAAGGCAAAGAGAAGGUAAAAAUGUCAAAAAUAUUGAACUUGUGGAAUCUGGGAAAUCAGUAAAGUCACGGUUACUGCCAUUAUCUGCCAAUGAAAAAAUAUUUAAUGUUGGUAAGAACACUGGACGUGAGAAUAAGCCAAACGCUCUUAGAACAGCACGGACUGGUCUGCAGAAAGAAGGGUCAAGAGUGAUUUUUGGUGUUCCUAAACCUGGAAAGAAAAGGAAAUUUAUGGAAGUAAGCAAGCAUUAUGUUGCAGAGAGCAGCAGUAAAAUUAAUGAAUCAAAUGAUUCAGCUAAAUUUGCAAAAUAUUUGAUGCCUCAGGGAUCGCGAUCUCGUGGAUCAAAGAAUACUAAAAUUGAUGACAAGGAGAAGCAGGCAGCUGAAUCCAAGACUAAGGUUCUUAAGUCUGGAAAAUCACAGAGUGUUUCAGGUAGAACCCUAGCUGAGAAGGAUAAGUUUUCGACCUCUGCACUAUCUGCUCAAAAUGAUGCCUCUUCAGUGGAUCAUAUGAUCAAGGAUUCUGUUAGUACUGACGAUAAUGAAUUGGGACAACAGAGCCUGAUGGAAUUUGGAUCAUUCUCAAACACCGAAGGGGCUGCAGAAGGUCCAGUCUUGUUUUCUUCACUUGCUCUUCCGUCUGAUGCUCCUUCGAAGAAAACGUCCACGUCAAAUGCCAAAUCUGAGCGGGUGAAUAGAGGAAAAGUUGCACCCUCUAGCGGAAAGUUGGCUAAAGUUGAGGUGACGGACAAAGUUAACAAUGCUAACCCAGGAAAGUCAAAUCUUGAAGGUGUGGAGCCACGUAGAUCAAAUCGCAGAAUUCAACCAACAUCAAGGUUAUUAGAAGGUUUGCAGAGCUCCCUGAUAAUCUCGAAGAUUCCGUUGCUGUUUCACAUGACAAAAGUCACCGAAACCAGAACAGGGGUACUACUUCUAAAGGAAAUAACCAUGGUUGACUGGAGAUUCCAAAAUGAUGGGUAUCAGAACCAAAGAGAUUCCAUGGAUGUUGGAUGACCAGAAGACCUAGCAGAGUGCCUGUGUAUAUUUAUAGUAGAAGAAGAAACUAGGAAUGGAAAUUCUCGCUUCCUGAAGGUUCAGCUGUGUAAAAUUUAGUUUGUAGAGAUGUUCAUAUUGAUUUUAGUUACAUGCACAACUAUGAUUGUGAUCUCUACCUAGGAUUCACUGUAAUAGGGGUCUGUAGAUGGUAAAUUCUCCUUGUAGUUUGAUUAAAAUUGCAGAAUGUUUCUCAGACGCUUCAAUUGAUGAGUAGCUUUGAUGGGGUCGUGUUUUUUAAUUA